AAGACAACUCCAGGAGGGAAGGAUUACACUGCAAAUGGGAAGCUAGCAGUUGCAACAUUUGACAGAUGUCUGAAAGUCAUUGUUUUUUCAUUGGUCUCAAUAUUUAUUUUGAUAUCAACUUUCUAUAUACCAUUUGUUUUGUUUAGAUAGCUAAACUGUUAAACCAAUUGAGGACAGACGUUGCUAUACAUUUCCCAGAGAACACAAUGGAUAUUUACUUCAAAAUCAACUAUUUUACAUCAAACAUUAUAAUGGGGUGGUUUCUGCAAUGAAUGAACAUGAAGAAGAAAGAGAAAUACAUUUUUUCCUCUCCCAAAAUAUUUUACCAGAUCGAUUGAAAUGAAUUGAGAAAAGGUUGGAGACUUGGCGAUAUAAGAACUGACCACACUGUUUCAAAGUGAUAAAUCAGUGAUGGAGAAACACGCCUCAGGUGACCUCGAGCCAACUCCGGCAUUAUAUGGACUAAUAAUGAAUUUCACCAACGAUACCUUUGUGACAGAGUCUUCAGAGCUGGAGGAAAAUGAAAAGAGUCUAGCUUAUCAAACCAGUUUGGCAGUGAUUCUUUUCGUUUUCACACUCGCCACUACUUUAUCCAACGCAUUUGUCAUUGCAACGAUUUAUCAGUCGAAAAAACUGCACACUCCAGCAAACUUUCUCAUAGCAUCUCUAGCUGUCACCGACCUCUUGGUGUCCAUUUUGGUGAUGCCAAUAUGCGUCUUGUACACCGUGAGUCACACCUGGACUUUGGGACAAGUUAUAUGUGACAUUUGGUUAUCCUCAGAUAUAACAUGUUGCACUGCUUCUAUCCUUCACUUAUGCGUAAUCGCUUUGGAUCGAUACUGGGCAAUAACAGACGCCGUUGAGUACUCCAAAAAGCGCACGCCAGCGCGCGCGGCGGGGAUGAUCGCGAUUGCCUGGGUCAUCGCUAUCUCCAUCUCCCUGCCUCCGCUUUUCUGGCGGCAGGUGAAGGCAGAGGAGUUAACUGAAUGUAAUGUCAACAAGGACCACAUUUUCUACACUAUUUACUCCACGUUUGGAGCAUUCUACAUCCCCACUUUGCUGCUUAUUGUGCUUUAUGGAAGAAUAUACGUUGAAGCCCGCAAGAUAAUUUUGAAACAAUCCCCCAAAAAGGUAGGGAAGAGACUUACUUCAGCGCGCCUGGUCACAAACUCCCCUGGAUCUGUGGCGUCGAUAUCACCUUUGCAGUGUGGAAGACAUGAUACCCACUCCUGUGACACGGGUUUCUUGGCAAAUGAGAACCAUGUGAAAGUAACCGUGUCUGACGCACUUUUGGAGAAAAAAAGAAUCUCAGCCGCUAGGGAGAGGAAAGCGACCAAAACAUUGGGAAUAAUAUUAGGCGCAUACAUUAUAUGCUGGUUGCCGUUUUUCAUAUACACCCUGGUGGUGGCUACCUGUGAAUCUUGUUUUUACCCCGAGUUGUUCGACUUUUUCACUUGGCUUGGUUAUCUUAACUCGUUAAUCAAUCCAAUUAUAUAUACCAUGUCCAAUGAUGACUUUAAAAAAGCUUUCCAUAAACUCUUGCGCUUCAGAUGUUGCAGAUCCUGAAAAUAUGUCUUCCAUGCCCUAUUUUGUUUGCAUUAUUGUUCUAUAGAAUACAAAAAAUAUAUAUUGAACAGCUUUAUCACACCAGUA